GGGAAAUUAUAGUAAGAAAAAAAAAACCCUAAUUUUUUUUCGCACAAUUUGAAGGAGAAGAGAACCAAAUCGGAGAAUGGGAGAGAGCUCAAGCACGAUGGAAUCGAUCAGAGAGUGGGUUGUGGAGCAUAAGCUUAGAGCUGUUGGAUGCCUUUGGUUGAGUGGGAUUGGAGGAUCUAUCGCUUACAACUGGUCUCGUCCCAAUAUGAAGCCCAGUGUGAAGAUCAUCCAUGCAAGGUUACAUGCUCAGGCUCUUACAUUAGCUGCAUUAGCUGGAGCUGCUGUGGUGGAGUAUUAUGACCAUAAAUCAGGAAAAGGAUCGAAAGUGAACAAAUAUGCACAGCAGUUUCUAGUUAUGGAUCCUCAAACACGAAAAAGAUUAAACCUUUUAUUCUUCUUCAGAAUCAAUUACAGCAUGAGAUAUAUCACAUAA